CUCUGUUGUAGUGCUAUCAGCUGUAUAGUCAUAGUAAGGCACUUCAGCAAUGAGCUUUCUGUAGUAUUGGUAGCAGAAAUGUAUUUUUGGAGUCAGUGUAAAUUGAAAAGUUGAGUGGUUUUUGUGUUGCCAGUAAGUUAAUACAGUUAUAAUAUAUUUAAUUUAAUAAACAACUUGAAAUGACUUCGUUACGAUUGUUAAAACAAUUGCAAAAUGGUAACAUCAGAUUUAUGUCUGUGUCAUCUUACCCAUCAAGAAAAUUCAUGGGAUGGGGAAACAAAGAAAACGAAGAAAAUUCUCAACUUCUGGGAACAGUGUCUAACAGACUCAAAACAAUUUAUCAAAACAAGCUUUUGCCCCUAGAAGAACAGUACUUGUUUCAUGAAUUUCAUUCUCCAAUGUUGACAGAUCAAGAUUUUGAUGCAAAACCAAUGAUUAUGUUUAUAGGACAGUAUUCUACGGGAAAAACUACUUUAAUCAAGUAUCUUUUAGAGCAAGAGUUCCCAGGGUGUCAUAUAGGCCCAGAACCUACUACUGACAGGUUUAUCGUUAUAAUGAAGGGUGACAAGACAGGCUAUAUUCCAGGAAAUGCUUUGGUUUUAGACCCAAAAAAGCAGUUUAGACCUUUAACUAAAUUUGGCACUUCUUUCUUAAAUAGAUUUCAGUGUUCUCUGGUAGAUUCUGUUGUUUUGAACUCAGUAACAAUUGUUGAUACACCAGGUAUUCUGUCAGGUGAAAAGCAAAGAGUCGACAGGGGCUAUGAUUUUGCUGGUGUUUUGGAGUGGUUUGCUGAAAGAGUUGACAGGAUAAUAUUACUGUUUGAUGCAAAUAAGUUAGACAUUUCCGAUGAAUUCCGGCGAUCCAUAGAAGCUUUGAGAGGACAUGAUGAUAAGAUGAGAAUAGUGUUGAACAAAGCUGAUGGUGUGGACCAUCAGUCACUUUUAAGAGUGUAUGGUGCUCUGAUGUGGUCUCUGGGGAAGGUUCUAAAUACACCAGAAGUCGCGAGGGUCUACGUUGGCUCCUUUUGGGACGAACCUCUUCGCUAUGACAUAAAUAGAAGGUUAUUUGAAGAUGAAGAACAGGACUUAAUGAGAGAUAUUCAAUCACUUCCAAGAAACUCUGUUCUGAGGAAAAUCAAUGAUCUCAGUAAACGAGCUAGAUUAGCAAAAGUUCAUGCCCAUAUAAUAGAUGCAGUUCAUGAGAGAAUGCCCAGAUUUUUCGGUAGGGAUGUAGAAAAGAAUAAUAUCAUCAAGAAUCUAGGUAGCAUUUAUACAGAAAUUGAAAAACAGUACCUGAUCCCCGUGGGAGAUUUUCCUGAACUACAAAAGAUGCAGGAAUUAUUGUCACAUCAAGACUUUGACAAGUUCAAACCACUCGAUUCAGCCAUGCUUGAGAGGGUUGAGCACAUGUUGGCUAAGGACAUUGCUGACAUCAUGAAUUUAGUUCCCCAAGAAGCUGCUGCCGGAGCAGACAUUACAGGAGGUGUGUUUGCUCGUGCUCAGGAUUCACCCUUUGGGUACCAUUUGGGUGAAGGAGUUGAUGCAGGAAGAAAUGAUUUGGAGUGGAUUGUGAGUUCUUAUAGAAAAAAAUAUGAUGCAACAUACCAGAGCCUUGGCCCAGUAAAUGGGAAAGUUAUGCAGUCAGCCGUACGAGAAGUAAUGAUGAAAUCCAAAUUGCCAAAUUCAGUGUUGGGCAAGAUAUGGAGACUAGCAGAUGUGGAUCAGGAUGGCUUGUUGGACGGUGAUGAGUUUGCUCUAGCGAUGUAUCUGAUCGAUUUACGUCUAGAAGGUCACGAUCUGCCCAUGAGUCUGCCUAUGCAUUUGGUACCACCUAGCAAGCGACCAAACCAAUUAUCUCAGACAACUCGAGCAGCUUAACGUUAGUUUAUCUGUGAUAGAUGAGGUGUUUUUUAUAAUAAAAAAUACCUAAUGUUAACAAUUCAUAUUCUCGUGGCAGUUUACAGUAUUUCAUUAUGAUUUGAAGUGAUAAACAUUUAUAAAGUGUUGUAGAUCAUUUUCAAAUAUUGUAAAAUGCAUUUAUUUCUAACUUUUAAAUAGAUUUGAAUAUUUGUGUGUUUUAACUAAACGUUGGUGUUUAUUUUCAGUUUAAAAGCCUAAUAAUGAUUUAUUAAAUAUUUACUAUAAAUUUUCAUUACUCAGAUUCUUAUAUUAGGCUACUUUAAAUUGGAAUUAUGUAAAUAGAUAACAAAAUAUUGCCUUGAUGUGUAAAUAUACAUUGUAUUGCUAGAGUAUUAAAUUAUUAAAUGCUGGUUUUACA